ACCGAGGGCUCGACCGUCUCCCGAUUAAAUAUCGCUGCGAGUACCAACCACUGCCAGUCGACUCAGACAAUCCACAACAUAUGCCUCUUUUGUGCCGCCUGCGGACUUGUUGAGCAUGACCUCCGUCCUGCGAUCCGUAUGGCGCGUCUCAACACCGGGUGGGCGUCCUUCUUCGCGUCGUACCGCCAAUCAUGGCUCUCCAAGUCUGUCUUAGUCCUGGUACAAAGACGAGCACAUUCCGGAGCUGUGCCCACUCCACCACAGCUCGAAAAGCUCGAGAACGCCUCCGACAGUGCACAAGCGCGAGCAUGGAUUGCCAAAUUCAAGGCGCAGGAGCUUCCGAAGAGCUUGGUCGAGUUCUCCUUCUCUCGUAGUUCUGGACCAGGCGGACAGAAUGUCAACAAAGUGAAUACCAAGGCCACCCUACGAUGUCCUCUAUCAACGUCCUGGAUACCUAUGUGGGCUCGAGACUACAUCAAGCAGACCCCUUCCUACGUAUCGUCUGCGCAGUGCAUCCAAAUAACGUCGACUGUCUACCGCUCUCAGGCACAAAACGUACAGGACUGCCUGACCAAGCUCCGUACUCUCAUCGUCGAUGCCGCAACUGCGUCGAUCGUCAACGAAGCAUCCGAAGAACAGAAAGAGCGCGUACGCGGCUUCCAGCGGGUGGAGAAAGCUAAACGCAGACUUGACAAAGCCAAACGCAGUGAAGUCAAGAGAGGACGUUCGAACGGCUCCUGGGAAUAAUUCCGCCUUGCCUCGAGGGCAGCAGCACUGCAGCUGCUGGUGAUCCCACUCAAAUGUGCUGUGUUCCGGAGGACGCCGCUGAAGCAUAGAGGACUCGGCGUACGGAUAAGGAUGGUCCAAUGAUCCCUCCAGCGAGAUGCAGUGGUAACGUCGAAGCAAAGGAAAACAGAUGGAAAGCACACUCCUAUGCAAAGACCUUUGAUACAGCAAGCUCGUCCUCCUCCCGCUUCCGCAUCUCCUUCCUCUCCGUCCUUUCGACCUCUGCCGUCUUCCGCUUGCCAUACUUGUCGCCCUUCUCCCGCUUGAGUGCGGA